CCUUGCCUUUCACACUCAAUAAUCUCACCGAAUACAACGAAGGACAGAAACAAUUCAAUAACUGAUAUCAGCGACAGCGUUCGUAGAACACAAUAUAUACAUCCUAAGCAGCAACUCCCGACGGCUCAUAACAAUGGGCGCCGCACUCUCACAGCCAUACACCCCUAUGCUCCCAAGGAGCAUCAAAAGCAAGUCCAAACGCCCCAGAUACCUGUUUCGCCUUCCAAUCCGAUGGAAAAAGAAAAGAACCUUUCCAGAAAUCCACGCUCCCUUGCCCAACCCAGGCCGCCAUGACCAUCAAGAAUCCCGCGAGUCGAAGCUCUACGAUAGUAGCGCCGAGGGCGAAGACAAGUCUCCCUUCUCAGAUCGCCUCCCUAUCUCGUUUACCACCGAAAAACCGUUACCAAAGUUACCUCUUCAGGCGAUUGCCCGUGCGGCUCAAUUACCACCUAAUCAACAGGCGCAACCCAAUUCCUCUAGCGAACUUCCAGCCACUGAAGCCAUCCAAGCCGUCAAUGCCCCUUCCGAAAACACCAACCAAGAGGACGAUAAUGAGGAUGUCUCAGACUCAGACUUUUCACCAGAAACAGAAAGACCGCACACCCCGCCGCCUUGGGACACUUCCCUGUCUGGCUACGGCUCCGUUCUCGAAGUUUCCCGUCCCUUCAGGGCCAGACGUGUGUUUGGGCACCCGCUUGUGGAGGGACACUUUUUGGGAUAUAAGGGGGAUAGCUUUUUUAUGGUUGGUGGUGGCCCGAUAGCAGCAGAGGAGAAGAGGAGGGUGUGGAGGGUGUGGGAGUCAACAAACAAAAAUGAAAAAGAAAAAGGGAAGGAAAAAGGAGAAUAUGAUGGAGUGAACGAAGAAUGGAAGAAGAAGGUGGGGCUAAAGAGUGGAAGACCACAAAAGGCGAUAGAAGGAAGGGAAAGGGAAAGGGAAAGGGAAAGAGGAAAGAAGAAAACAAAGACAAAAAGAAGAAUGUCCGUGUGGAGAAAGUGGAAGCCUUUACCUAGGUAUCCGGCUUGCACCACGGGGGUUGUUGUUGUUGCGCAGAGGACUACGUCUAGUAUGUGGGCUGAUACUGCUGCUGCUAUUGGUGACGGCGACAGCGCAUGGAGAGAGUUGGUCGAGCAGGAAGAAGACCAGGAAUACCAGGGAGGGGAUGAGAAAGAGGAAGAAGCAGAUCAGGGCGAGGACGAGCAUGGAGACAAUGAUGACGAGGACUUGGAGAAGCCAAUCAAGAGGUUUCUGGAGAUGAAGAUCCCCGUGGACUUGAGCAGUUUACGUCGGCUGAGAAUCAGUCUUGCGGGAGCUGGGGGGCAUACACCGACUGUUGACGACGGGACUGGGGAAAAUGCAGGAGGGGAGGAAGGUUUGGAGAAGGUGAUGGAGGGGGAGCAAGGCCAGUUAUCACCGGUCGAGUCGUUGAUGUUCACGGACACGGACAUUGAGGGCUUCGAGUUUUUAUUUGAAGAGGAGGACGAAGGAGGUGGGACAUGGGAUUCGGGACCAGCCGCAGGAGUAAAGAGCGGAAGGGUAGAGGGAAAAGGUGAAGCCUGCAAGAUGGAAGAGCCAAUUGGUGGCUUUGCAGGAGGAGAUACAUACACAGCAGAAGGUUCUGAAGAAGAUGCUGAACACCACUUGACAGCGAGGAGCGCUUUCAGCGUUACGCAAAGAUUGAGUCGGUGGAAGGAAAGGAGAUAAUGAGAGAAGAGGAAUUUAAGAGAGGACGGAAUGAGGUAAUGGAUUGAGCUUAACAACAUGGGGGUUUGGGAAAGGAGAGACUGCGGUUAGAGCCAGAACCAAGAAUAAGAAAGAUCUCAGAACGGAAAAGGCAAGGAACCACCGACUACACUAGAAUAAAAAGUAAGAGGAACGCAGGGCAAACAUUUAUCUCUCCAUGGCCUGCCCAAUCAAGGUACC